UAAAUCAACUAUACUGUGAACAGUGUUCUUAUUUGUGAAGUGGAUCGGAAGCAUCCACAGGACAAUUGCUACUUGGUAUUUGAAAUACUCAAGCGCAGCACGGAUUACCAGUGAAAAAUAAAAUUGUAUAUAUGCAUCGGCUGUGAUAGGACAAAGAGCAUUAUUUGCCGGCAAACAAAAUGGCAAAUAAAAAUUUAUACUUUUUGGCAGGGCUGCUUAUUAUUUUCAGUCAUGUCUGUGCCGAAGAUGGCGAUAUCGUCAUGUCGGACGAUGAUGAUCUAAGUAUUGAUCCCCUGGUUCAGGCCCCACCGGAUGUGGCUGAUGAUAAGCAACGUGAUGAGCGCCAUUUAAGUUUUAGGUUGGGUUCAGCACCCGCUACGAGUGCGAAAUAUAGCUACAGUUAUAGUGAUGGAGGACAUGGUGGAGCUCAUGUUGGACAUGGUGGAGCUCAUGGCUUAUAUACGAGCGGUGUUAAGACAUCUGGCUCACACUUGAUGAACAGUGCAUUCAACUUGCUUGGCAUCGGCAAAGGCGUCAAGGGCAAUUUUUACGGCAAUACUGUGCAUCAAUUGAGAGCGUAUGGAAGGUGCUCCUCACUUACACUGCCUCAAAAUGUGCAGUCCCAGUGCGAUGGCCAUGGUCGCUGUAACGUUUUCUGCCCGGAUGGUUAUUCCUUCUCGCAGGACACCAAAUCGCUAGAUCUGUUCUGCAGCAAUGAUGGUUGGAUCAUACGCAAUUCGGAGUAUACCAGAGUGCCCCCUUGCCAGGCCACAUGCCUGCCACCAUGCCAGAACAAUGGCAUCUGCCUAGCGAGUGGCGUAUGUCAGUGCCCCGAGAACUACUCGGGUCCGCUCUGCCAGCACAAGAGGUCUGUGUGUGCCGCCAAACCACCGGUGCCAAAGAACUCCAAAAUGUCCUGCAAGAACAACGUUUGCAAUGCGGAAUGCAUGAGGGGUUUUCAGUUUCCCGAUGGCACUGGCAUUACGAACAUUAAGUGCCUCAAUGGCCAGUGGGUGCACACCAAUUCCGGCCUGACCAAGGUGCCAGAUUGUGGACCGACCUGUUCGCCUGCCUGCCAAAAUGGCGGCCAAUGCAUCAGCUUCAAUAUCUGUCAGUGCUCCAAGUUUAAUCGUGGUGCCUUCUGCCAACACAGCAUUUCAAGUUGUAAUGUGACGAAUGCCGGCUUCAAUGGCAAUUAUAAAUGUGCCUAUGACACGGAAGAGGCACGUUGCAAAUUUACCUGUCCCGAGGUGCCCGGACUGAAGGUGCAAGGGAGCUUGGAUAUUGAAUACAAAUGCAAAUAUGGUCAGGGUGUCUACUUGCCAGCGCCAGUACCAAAAUGCAUUUUUCCAAAGGGAUAUUCAGUGAAAUCGAGUAGAGUACAAUUAACACAUGUGCAACAGGAAGGACACACAUAUCAUGGUUCCUUCAGUGGCGGUAGCCAUUCCACAGAGCUUAGGAGCCAACGUGAGAUUCUGCUAGCACUGUUAGCCAAGUAUCGCGAUUUUGAGCGAAGGAGCGAAUGGUGGUCGUCGGAGGAAACAUCGACGACUCUGGGCAGCUAUUCCCUUUACAUGAGCAGCGACGUUGAUGUUGUGCUUGAUAAAUCGCCAAGACCGGCGCUGUGCACCACUUGGGGCGGCAUUAAUAUCAAAACAUUUGACGGUUUGGUUUUCAAAGCACCUUUAUCGUGUUCGCACACAUUGAUCAUGGACAAAGAUACGGCAAUAUUUGAUGUUACACUCAAGGCCUGUCCUUAUGGUUCUGGAUAUGGUUGUGCGCACACUUUAAAGAUUCAAUGGCAAUCAGUUCUAUAUACUCUGGAGAAUUUGAAUGGCACAAUGCGGAUGUCGACGCCCACCAAACAGCUGCCCAUACCGGUGCAGGUGAUGGGCAUGAAGGUGAUGCCAGUGGCACAACAUGUGCAAAUUGAUCUGGAAUCGAUUGGACUCAAACUGGACUGGGAUCAUCAUCAAUAUGUGGCCGUGCAUGCCGGCCCCGCCAUGUGGGGCAAAGUGGGUGGUCUGUGUGGCUCACUGGAUGGUGAUUACACCAAUGACCUGAUGUCCAGAACGGGCAAGAAACUGGAAACAGUUAAAGCAUUCGCCGAUGCCUGGCGUGUGGAUGACAGCAAUGAAAUGUGCCGCGUUGAGAACAGUGCCGAAAUGGAAUUUGGCAUGGAGUCCUGCGAGCAGAGCAAACUUCAAAAGGCUGUCGGCAUCUGUGAGCGUCUGCUGGCCAACGAAAAGCUGAGCGACUGCACCAAGUCCUUCAAUUACGAUGCCCUCAUCCGCACCUGCAUAUCCGACUACUGCAACUGUCCUAAUCGCGAGCAUCCCGAAAGUUGCAAUUGCGAUGCCGUCUCCAUGCUGGCCAAGGAGUGCAUGUUCAAGGGUAUUCAAUUGGAGCAUGGCUGGCGGAAUCUCGAAAUAUGUCCAAUUAGCUGCGGCUUUGGACGCGUCUAUCGCGCCUGUGGACCGGAUGUGGAGCCAACAUGCGAUUCGGAUUUUACAUCCGCUGCCCCAACAAAAGGCAAAUGCAAUGAGGGCUGCUACUGUCCCGAGGGAACCGUGCAAUACAAGGAUGCGUGCAUUACACAGGAGCUGUGUCCCUGCACCCUGAGUGGACGCGAAUUCAAGCCGGAGGCGACAGUGAAGAAGAACUGUAAUACGUGCACCUGCAAGAAUGGCAAAUGGAAGUGCUCCGAUAAUAAGUGUGGUGCCCGUUGCGGUGCUAUUGGUGAUCCUCAUUACCAGACUUUCGAUGGCAAACGCUAUGAUUUCAUGGGCAAGUGCUCCUACUAUAUGCUCAAGACGGACAAUAUGUCGGUGGAGGCGGAGAAUGUUGCCUGCUCGGGCGCCAUAUCGGAUGCCCUAAACUAUGCCGCUCCGGAUGAUCCGUCAUGCACCAAGAGUGUAACCGUACGCUUCUUGCAGCGCGAUGGAACACCGACCACAAUGAAACUGGACCAGGGAUUGACCACUGUCGUCAAUGACAAACCCAUUGCCAAACUGCCCAAGGUGCUUGGCGCUGGUGAGGUGUUGAUACGACGUGCCAGUUCCACAUUUUUGACCGUUGAGUUUGCCGGUGGCAUACGUAUCUGGUGGGAUGGCGUCUCGCGUGUCUACAUCGAUGCACCGGCCAGUUGGCGUGGCAAGACGCAAGGCUUGUGCGGCACCUUCAAUUCCAAUACGCAGGAUGACUUCCUUACACCGGAGGGCGAUGUGGAAACGGCUGUGGAAGCCUUUGCGGACAAGUGGCGCACCAAGGACACCUGCCAGUUCCAAGCGGAAACCCAUCAGGGCCCGCAUCCCUGCACCAUGAAUGCCGAAAAGAAGGUGAUGGCGGAGAAAUACUGCGACUGGAUAUUGCAGGACAUUUUCCAAGAAUGCCACUUCAUGGUGGAGCCGGAACAAUACUAUGAGGACUGCCUAUACGAUACUUGCGCCUGCAAGGGUGAUCUCGACAAAUGCUAUUGUCCUAUACUAUCCGCCUAUGGCACGGAAUGCAUGCGACAGGGCAUCAAAACUGGCUGGCGGAUGACCGUCAAGGAGUGCGCUGACAAGUGUCCCAUGGGUCAGGUGUAUGAUGAAUGUGGCGAUGGCUGCGCUUUGACUUGUGAUGAUCUGCCCGGCAAGAACAGCUGCACGCGGGAGUGUGUCGAAGGUUGUCGCUGUCCACAUGGCGAGUACGUAAAUGAUGAGGGUGUUUGUGUGCCCAAGCAGAAGUGCCAGUGCACCUUCGAUGGCAUGAUCUUCCGGCCGGGCUAUAAGGAAGUGCGUCCCGGUGGCAAAUUCCUUGAUCUAUGCACCUGCACAGAUGGCGUCUGGGAUUGUCAGGAUGCCGAUCCGGGUGAUGAUCUUAAAUAUCCACCAUCGUCGGAAUUGCGCACCAAAUGCUCAAAACAACCUUUCGCCGAGUUUACCAAGUGUGCACCAAAGGAGCCCAAAACAUGUAAGAACAUGGAUAAGUAUGUGGCCGAAACGAUGGACUGUCUGCCGGGCUGUGUGUGCAUGGCGGGCUAUGUAUAUGACACCUCUCGUGAGACGUGCGUCCUCCCCACAAACUGCUCCUGUCAUCAUGCUGGCAAAAGCUACGAUGAUGGCGAGAAGAUCAAGGAGGAUUGCAAUUCCUGUGUUUGCCAAUCGGGCAAUUGGAAGUGCUCCGACAAUGGCUGCGAGUCGACGUGCAGCGUGUGGGGCGACUCACAUUUCACCACCUACGAUGGUCAUGACUUUGAUUUCCAAGGCGCCUGCGAUUAUGUCCUCUCCAAGGGUAUUGCUGAGAAUGGCGAUGGAUUUAGUAUUACCAUUCAAAAUGUGCUCUGCGGUACAAUGGGUGUCACCUGCUCCAAAUCUCUGGAAAUUUCUUUGAGUGGACGUGUGCAGGAAUCGCUGGUGCUCAGUGCUGAUGCCACAUAUAGCGUUGAUCCCAAUACGUCGCCAAUUAAAAAACUACGCGAUAGCGUCAAUUCCAAGGGCCACAACGCCUUCCACAUUUACAAGGCAGGUGUUUAUGUUGUUGUCGAAGUGAUACCCCUCAAGUUGCAAGUCAAAUGGGAUGAAGGCACCCGAGUCUAUGUCAAGCUGGGCAACGAUUGGCGCAACAAAGUCACCGGCCUGUGCGGCAACUACAAUGGCAAUGGCUUGGAUGACAUGCAGACGCCGUCCUUGGGAUUGGAGACGAGUGCUUUGAUGUUUGGACAUUCCUGGAAACUGCAGCCACAUUGCGCUGCGCCUGUGGCACCAAUCGAUGCCUGUCGCCAGCAUCCGGAGCGUGAGACAUGGGCACAAAUCAAAUGUGGCGCCUUGAAGUCUGAGCUUUUCGUGCCCUGUCAUGCCGAGGUGCCGCUGGAGCGCUAUCUGAAGCGCUGCAUCUUCGAUACGUGUGCCUGCGAUCAGGGCGGCGAUUGUGAAUGCCUCUGCACAGCGGUCGCUGCUUAUGCAGAUGCCUGCGCCCAGAAGGGCAUCAAUAUCCGCUGGAGAUCCCAACAUUUCUGUCCAAUGCAAUGCGAUCCACACUGCUCGGAUUACAAGUCCUGCACACCCGCUUGUGCCGUGGAGACUUGUGACAACUUCCUGGAUCAGGGCAUUGCGGAGAGGAUGUGCAAUCGUGAGAACUGCAUCGAGGGCUGUCACAUUAAGCCCUGCGAUGAUGGCUUCAUCUAUUUGAAUGAUACGUAUCGCGAGUGUGUGCCUAAGGCGGAAUGCAAGCCCAUCUGCAUGAUGAAGGAUGGAAAAACGUAUUACGAAGGUGAUAUUACGUUCCAGGAUGACUGUGCCACAUGUCGCUGCUCGAAGCGCAAGGAAAUCUGCAGCGGCGUCAGGUGUGAUGUACCAGUGCCAAUUCUAACGCCAAAACCGAAUGUUCAAGGCACCACAGAAAUACCACUGGCCACACAGAAUCAAACCAAGUGUGUUCGUGGCUGGACGCGUUGGUUCGACAACGAUGCGGAUACCUCGGAGAAGAUAGUUCGACUGAACGAUGAGGAGAAGCUGCCCCGCUAUGAUCGCAUGGAGAGCAUCUAUGGCACCUGUCUGAAACAGUUCAUGACCAAGGUGGAGUGUCGUGUCAAACAGUCACAUGAGCCGCCCGAGCAAAUGGAUGAGAAUGUCGCGUGCAGUUUGUCAGAGGGAUUGCGUUGCAUUGGCAAGUGCCACGACUACGAGUUACGCGUCUUUUGCCAAUGCGAUGCGGAGCCGGAGACACUGCCUCCCCAGCCCACCGAAAAGCCACAAAUCGGACACAGUUGUGAUGUCGGCGUUGUUGAAUAUAAGGAGUAUCCGGGUGAUUGUCACAAGUUCCUGCAUUGCCAGCCCAAGAGUGUCGAUGGUGGCUGGAUCUAUGUGGAGAAGACUUGUGGCGAGUUCAUGAUGUUCAAUCCCAUCAUGUUCAAUUGCGAUCACAUUGCCAUUGUACAGGAGCUGAUACCGAGCUGUGGCAAGCCAAAGCCUGAUCUCGAGCUGGAGAUCAAGCAGUGCGACGACAACCAGGUAUGGUCUGAAUGUGCCAAUCAGUGUGAGAACACCUGCCACUACUUCGGCAGCAUUUUGCGCAAGCGUGGCCUCUGCCUGAAGGGUGAACACUGCAAGCCCGGCUGUGUGGAUAAACUGCGUCCGGAUUGCCAAAAGCUGGGCAAAUAUUGGCGCGACGCGAAUACCUGUGUGCAUGCGGAUGAAUGCCCCUGCAUGGACAAAGCGGAACAGUAUGUGCAGCCCCACAGGCCUGUGGUGGGUGAACUCGAGAUAUGCCAGUGCAUUGACAAUGCAUUCACCUGUGUGCCCAACAAGCCGGCGCCAACACCACCGUAUGAGCCCAUAUCCAAUGAGCCAAUCUUACCUACUAUUCCAAAUAUUCUGACGCCACCGCCGCUCUGCGCACCCGAACGUCUCACGCCCAUGAUUGAAAAUGGACCAAAUUCAUUGCCCGACAGCAUUUUCAAUGCCAGCUCCAAACUGGCACCGGAACAUGCGCCGUCCAAGGCGCGUUUGCUUAAGAAACCAUCACCUGGCAGUGGAAGCUGGUCACCUCAGAUCAACGAUCAGAUGCAGUAUCUAGAGCUGAACUUUGGAACUCCAGAGCCCAUCUAUGGUGUCAUCAUGGCUGGCAGUCCAGAGUUCAAUAAUUAUGUGACACUCUUUAAGAUUUUGCAUAGCCAUGACGGAAUCGCUUAUAAUUAUCUGGUUGAUGAGACGGACAAGCCGCAAAUGUUUAAUGGACCGCUGGACUCGCGAGAACCGGUUCAAACCCUUUUCAAGAUACCUAUUGAGGCCAGCUCAUUGAGAAUUUAUCCAUUGAAGUGGCAUGGAUCGAUUGCAAUGCGAGUGGAACUGUUGAUUUGUGGUGAUUUACCGCUUGUCACACAGCCACCCACGUUGCCCACAACCACUGAGCAUCCUCAGUACAAUUUGGAGCUGGAGUGCAUGGAUGAAUUGGGCGUGGAUAAGGGUCUGAUGUACGAGCAACAGCUACAGGCGAGCAGUGUGCGGCAGCUGUCGCAAUCUGUAAGAAAACCACGUCUACUUGACCUGCUCAAGAUUUCGACGCCACAGGCAUGGCGACCACUUGCCAAUACGCCCAACGAGUUUGUUGAAUUUGAUUUCCUGGAGCCACGCAAUGUUUCCGGCUUUAUAACCAAAGGCGGCUCAGAUGGCUGGGUGACGGGUUACAAGAUAAUGUUCACAAAGAGGAAGCCUACCUGGAACACUGUCCUCGCCCCCAACGGCCAGCCACGCGUCUUCGAGGCGAAUGUGGAUGACCAUACGCCACGUACGCAUCACUUCAAGACACCCAUUCUCACACAGUAUCUGAAACUGGUGCCGGUAAAGUGGCAACGCAAUAUCAACAUGCGUAUCGAGCCAUUGGGCUGCUUUUUACCAUAUCCUGUGAUAAAGGAGGAGAUUCGUGAAGAGACCCUAGAUCACACCAAGUGCAACAUAUGCGAGGGCAUUGCUAGUGGCAAUCCUGAUGCCAAGUGCCAGUGCAGCGAUCAGCUCUACUGGGAUGGCAACAGUUGUGUGCAACGCAAUCUGUGUCCCUGUGUGGAGAACUAUGUCAGCUAUCCGAUUGGCAGCAAAUUUGAGAAUGCUGAGUGUGAGGAGUGCGUCUGUGUUCUGGGCGGUCGUCACAAUUGCAAGCCCAAGAAGUGUGCACCGUGCGAGGGAAAAGAACUGCGACCGGUCAUAACCAGCGAUUGCUUCUGCAAGUGCGAACCGUGCCCCAAACAUCAACGUCUAUGCCCCUCCAGUGGCGAUUGUAUACCAGAGGUGCUGUGGUGCAAUGGCGUGCAGGAUUGUACAGACGAUGAAGAUGCCAGCUGUCGGGAUUCGUUUACUGUGGAACCGGAAAUCAAUCGCCAGAAGAAUGAAACAACUGUCCUAACCUGUCCUGCGCCCGUUUGUCCACCUCAAAUGAAAAUCAAAAUCAUUGAGAAGAAGGCACGCAAAAUGUCCAAAAUCUUCACAUUCCACAAACAAGUGUCGAUUGUGGAUGAUGGCGUUAGCAUCAAGAAAACCAAAUUUGUAUCAUCCAAUGAGCAAAUUUUGUCCAUGCCCCAGAACGAGCUGAACUACCAGGAGGAGGAGGACUGCAGUGAGUUCACCUGUGUGCCAAUACCUACCAAGGUGGUGAACAAAAAUGAAUCAAUCACCUGUGUGGAGCCCAAGUGCCCAGAGAAGUACGAUGUGGAACUUGACAUGAGCACAGCCAAGGCUGGAGACUGUCUCAAAUACACCUGCAUUCUGCGACCCAAUAAGGAUGAUGUGUGCGAGAUUAGUGGAAAGAGUUUCACCACCUUUGAUGGAACUGUCUUUAAAUAUAGUCCCUGCAGUCAUAUCCUAGCCAGAGAUAUACACAAUGGAAGCUGGAUCAUAUCGGUGCAUCAGCAGUGUACCGAUGAGACGCACAAGGUAUGCCACAAGAUUGUCACCAUCAAGGAUCUGCAGGCGGGCAAUGAGUUGAUUCUGCUGCCGCAUCUUAAGCUGAAAUUCAAUGGCUUCGACUUCACCGUGGCGCAGCUCAUCAAUUCGCCCAUUUGUAAGGCUUCGUUUGUAGUCUCGCAGCCAGGCAAGACGCUGCUCGCGGUGUCCACCAAAUACGGCUUCUGGGUGCAAUUGGAUGACAUCGGCAUUCUCAAGGUCGGCAUAUCUUCCAAGUUUCUACGCACCGUGGAUGGCCUCUGUGGCUAUUACAAUGGCAAUCCCCGCGAUGACAAGCGCACACCCGAUGGCCAAGUUUUGGCCAAUACUGAGAAGUUCGGCAACAGUUGGUACGACAAACGCUUGCCGCUGGAUCAGUGCGGGGAUCAGAAGUGCACCAGACAACUGCAGGUGAAGGCUCUGCAACUGUGUAAUACUAUCAAUCAUCCGACAUUCGCCAAGUGCCACAAGGCAGUCAACUAUAAGCAGUUCUCGAACAAUUACUGCCUGGAAGCAGCCUGCGAUUGCCUGCUGGCCAACAAUGGCGAUGCCAGCGCCUGCAAGUGUAACAUCCUGGAGAGUUUUGUGAAGAAAUGCCUGAGUGUGAAUCCGCUGGCGCAGCUGACAACAUGGCGAGCGGUGCAUCAGUGCGAGAGCAGCUGUCCGGCGCCCUUGGUGCACACGGAUUGCUAUAAGCGACGCUGUGAACCAUCCUGUGACAGUCUGCACGGCGAUGAUUGUCCACUGCUGCCGGAUGCCUGCUUCCCUGGCUGCUACUGUCCCGAGGGCACUGUUCGCAAGGGAGCCAACUGUGUGCCCAUUGCCGAGUGCAAGGAUUGUGAGUGCCGGGCACUGGGUGGCUCCAAAUACAUGACUUACGAUCGCAAGAGUUUCAAUUUCAAUGGCAAUUGCACAUAUCUGCUGUCGCGGGAUGUGGUGCUGCCGGGCGUACAUACGUUCCAGGUGUAUGUUAGCAUGGAUGACUGCAAGAAACUGGGCCAAGUCAGUGCCACAGAUGGCAGCAGUUGCGCCAAGUCGCUGCACAUACUGAAUGGGGAUCAUGUGAUUCACGUGCAACGGGUGCCGAAACAGCCCAAGGCGUUGCAGGUCCUGGUCGAUGGUUUCGAGGUGAAGCAGAUGCCAUAUAAGGAUAGCUGGAUAACGUUACGUGAAGUGGUUGGCAAAGAGCUGGUGUUAACACUGCCCGAGUCGUAUGUGGAGCUGACGGCCUCAUUUGAUGAUUUGUUGUUUACGCUCGGCGUGCCCAGCAUCAAGUAUGGCAGUAAAAUGGAAGGACUUUGCGGCGAUUGCAAUGAGGAUCCCAGCAAUGAUUUGCAACCGAAUCCGGCCAAGAAGAAACCCGGCGUAGAUGUCAUACAGAGCUGGCAGGCAGAUGAACCGAAGCUGGGAUUGACCGAUGCACAGGAGUGCUUAAGUGAGGAUGUGCCCAAGGAUAAUUGCAUACCACUCCCACCGGAGAAGGACCCCUGCAUGCAAUUCUAUAGUGAGGAGUUGUUCGGCAAGUGUCCGCUUGUGGUGGAGCCCUUCGAAUAUGUCACCGCUUGCCAGGAGGAUAUCUGCAAGCCGGGUAACACACAGCAGGGUGUCUGCACAUCCCUGGCCGCCUAUGCCACCGAGUGCAACAAAAAUGGCAUCUGCACCAACUGGCGGCGACCACAGCUCUGCCCAUAUGACUGUCCCAGCGAUAUGAUCUACGAGCCAUGUGGUUGUGCCAAGAACUGUGACACCAUCAAGGCCAUGUCCGACUUUGAUGCAGUUAAUUUGAAGACUCAGGUCGUCUUCCGCACGGUGAAAAGUGAUGAAAUGUGCUCGAGCUCGGAGCGAUUUGAGGGCUGUUUCUGUCCCGCCGGUCAGGUGAUGGAUGGCGGCAAAUGUGUACCAGAGGAGGCCUGCACUAAAUGCGAUGAUGGACUCCAUUUGCCAGGUGAUAAAUGGAAGCCGGACAAGUGCACCGAAUGCCACUGUGAUGACAAGGGCAAGAGCUCGUGCGUCGAGAAGAAAUGCCAAGUGGAGGAGAACAUCUGUGCCGAUGACUACAAGCCACAGAUCAUUGUUAGCGAAGAGGAAUGCUGUCCACGCUAUCGCUGUGUUCCAGAGACUAAAGAUCCACAAAAACUGUGCCUGGCACCCGUAAUGCCUGUCUGUGGACCUGAUCAGGUCAAGAAGCAGAAGAACGAUGUCAACGGCUGUCCACAGUAUAUAUGCGUUUGCAAACCUAAGGAAGAUUGUGAGCCACUGUUGCCGCCACGUGAGCUGUUGCCUGGCGAGCACCUCGUCAAGAUCGAUGAGGGCUGCUGUCCCACACAGAAGAUUGUCUGCAAGGUUGAUCAGUGUCCGCCAGCACCAAUUAGCUGCCAGCAACGCUUCUAUGAGGUCAGCACCCAUAAGGCAGAUGGCGCCUGUUGUCACACACACAAAUGCGUGCCACCCAAAGAAUUGUGUAUUGUGCAGUAUGAGGUGGAGCAGUCCAGCAGCUUCACCAAGCAAAUUGGCGACAAGUGGCUGCAUGCAAAGGAUGUGUGCAAGCAGGAGCAGUGUGCGUAUGGUCCCGAUGGUAAUGCUCAGGUUAUUAGCACACUGGAGCAAUGCGAAACGGAUUGUCCGCGUGGCUAUAGCUAUCAGAAGCUGGACAAGACCAAAUGCUGUGGCGAAUGCGUUCAGACCGCUUGUGUAUUCGAACAGAAACUUUACGAGGCAAAUGCGCAAUGGGCGUCACCGGACAAUUGUACGCACUAUGUGUGCCUGCAGAAGGAUAAACUAUUGAUGGUCAGCUCCUCGGCUGAAAUCUGUCCGGAUGUUAGCCGUUGUGCGGCGCAUUUGCUGUAUGUGGAUGGCUGCUGCAAACGCUGCAAAUCGGAGCCAAUUGUCGAAGAUCUCUCUACUUGUUUGCCCGUUUCACUCGCCGAGUCGCGAACAAAGGAGCUGCUGAAGUUCUCAAAGCCUGGCCAUGGUGCUUGUGUUAACGCCGAGCCAAUCAAAGGCUUUACGGAUUGUGAGGGCGCGUGUAGUUCUGGUUCCAAGUAUAAUCCCAUCACCGAUAUGCAUGAGAAAUUCUGCACGUGCUGCAACAUCAAAUCCUAUGAACCGAUCUCAGUGAAAAUGGUUUGCGCAGAUGGCUACGCAUACAUUCAGCGCCAUGAGGUGCCCUCAAAUUGUGGCUGCUCUCCGUGCUCAGAGUUCUCCGAGGGUUUGAUAGAUGUGCGAAUGAGUGGAGGACAGAAGCAAAUGCAAAUUCCCUUGCUGAAGUUGCUCGGCUAUCAGAGCGAUUAAGCUGUUGUGCUUAUUGCUAUACGACAAUAUUAUUAAACAAAAACUGUAAUUGCUUUUUUUUCGGUGUUAUCGAUAGAAUAAUUUUGGAUGCAAGGAUCUAAGCAAAUAAAUGACAGGCAUCGAAGGUUAAAUAUAUACCAAUAAAAGGCAAAAAAGAUCAAAGCUUUCGAUGCUUGAAGUAUUUAACACAA